GUGGGAGGCGGAGGCGCGGGCUGCGUGCUGGCCAACCGGCUGUCGGAGCAGCCCGGCGUGUCCGUGCUGCUUCUUGAGGCGGGCGGCGACCCACCCAUUGAGUCGCAGUGGCCUGCUCUACAAACCUAUACACUACGUGGUUACCUAGACUGGAACUACACAACGACGCCAGACCCGGUGUCGCAGCGCUGCCACAAGCAACACUCCGGCAACAUCGUGGCGGGCCGCGUGCUGGGCGGCGGCACCGCUAUUAGCUCACUGUACUACGUGCGCGGCAACCCCCACGACUACGACACCUGGGCCGAGCUGCUCGCCGACCGCAACUGGAGCUGGGACGCCGUUUACCCUUACUUUAAAAAAGCCGAAAAUUUAAAAGACUGUGAAGUAUUGAGCUCUUCCUGUGCUAAAUAUUACAGCACCGGAGGAUACCUGGACCUCACCAGGGACCCCGAUCCCAAAACGAGUAGAUACUUAACCGCUGUUAAGGAAUUAAACUAUUCGACUCCACUGGACAUAAAUGGAUGCUCUUUUUCGGGGUUCGUUCAGCAAAUGUUUAUGAUUGCCGACGGUGUGCGUCAGAGCACCGCCUACGCAUACCUCAGACCCGUCAAAGAUAGAGAGAAUCUUUACGUCGUUAGGCAUGCCACGGUUUAUCAAAUCUUGUUCGACAAUUCGAACAGAGCCAUCGGGGUGAAACUAACGAAGGACAAUAAAAACAUAUCAGUCAGAGCUAGAAAAGAGGUGAUCUUAUCGGCGGGCACAUUCAACAGCCCUCAGCUACUUAUGCUGUCGGGCAUCGGGCCCAAGGAGCACCUGCAGGAGCUAGGCAUUCGUGUCCGCAAAGAUCUUCCUGUCGGCUUUAACUACCAAAACCAUGUAUCCGUUUUUGUCCCUUUUAAAAUGGAUUACUCUCGGGCUCCGCUGGAGCCAACCGAUCCCCGUCGAAGUCCACUGUUCACUUCGUUUGUCGGUAGCGUGCCUGCGAAUGGGUCCGCGGAUCGUAUAGAGUACGAAAGUGUCAAUUAUAUAGUGCAGCACGACUCACCGGAUCUGUUACAGUUUUGUGGUUUCUAUCAUGGUUACAAAAAUAGACUUUGUCAAAUUUUAUUUGACGAAUGCAAAGGGAGAGACGUGAUGCUGUCGUGUGCGGUGAUGCUAUACCCCUUUUCUCGUGGCCGAGUGACGCUGCGCAGCGCGAAUAUUGCCGACCCACCUCUCAUCGACGCGGGCAUACUGCGCGACGAACGAGACUUGGAGCGCUACGUGGAUUACAUUGAAGAAACUCUCAGAUUGGUAAACACUACUCUCUUUAGAAGCAUGAAUGCGGAAGUCGUUGACCUAAAACUGGAAAUGUGCGAGGGACUCGAGUUGUGGAGUAAACCGUACAUUCGUUGCUUUGUUCGCUGCAUUGUAGCCACGCUGCACCAUUACGUAGGCACUUGUGCUAUGGGAUCUGUGGUGGACAGCGAGCUUCGCGUGCGCGGCUUGAGUGGGCUACGCGUCGUGGACGGCAGCGUGAUACCGCGCGAGGUCGGCGGGCCCACCACCGCGGCAGUCGUCAUGCUCGCUGAGAAAGCUGCCGACAUCAUUAAAUAUGGUGGUCACAUAAACGUAAACAAUUACUGUGAAUCCAAAAACUCACAAUAUCCCCGACACGAAACACCACAAGAAUUGGAGCAUGAAAACUCUCAAUAUCCCCAACAUGUAACUACAAAAGAGGUCGAGCAUGAAAAUUCUCUUUAUCCCCAACAUUUAACUCCAGAAGACAUUGGACAUGAAAACUCUCAAUAUCCCCAACCUGUAACUCCAAAAGAGGUCGAGCAUGAAAACUCUCAUUAUCCCCAACAUUUAACUCCAGAGGACAUUGGACAUGAAAACUCUCAAUAUCCCCAACAUUUCACUCCAGAAGACAUUGGACAUGAAAACUCUCAGUAUCCCCAACCUGUAACUCCAAAAGAGGUCGAGCAUGAAAACUCUCAUUAUCCCCAACAUUUAACUCCAGAGGACAUUGGACAUGAAAACUCUCAAUAUCCCCAACCUGUAACUCCAAAAGAGGUCGAGCAUGAAAACUCUCAUGAGAUACCUUACCUUUAUUCUUAAUACCAGAAAUCUUCAAUUUAUUAUUAGAAAUUAUGAAUUGAGUUAAAAUUACGUUGCUUUUUAUUUUUGAUAUCAAUAGGUCGAUAAAUG